GCCAGCCCCGGAUGGCUUCAAGACAGAGGCAGGGGAGUGGACGGAGGAGGCCAAGGAACGCUUCUUUGGGGCGAAGAACGAGGAGGCCAUGAAGAAGUGGGCUGACGGACAGAGAGCCUCCUACAAGGAUGACAGCUCGGAGAAGGGCAAGGAGCUGAAGGCAAAGUAUCCCACGGAGGAGGACUUGGAAAAGUCCAUCAAGGACAUGUACCAGAAGAAGUGGGAUGCUUUGCUGGGCAAGGCAGCCAAGUGCCCUCGAACGUUCUUCGACAUUGAGAUCGGGGGCGAGAAGGCUGGUCGCAUCAUCAUGAUGCUGCGUGGCGAUGUCGUUCCGAAGACCGCAGAGAACUUCCGAGCGCUCUGUACCGGUGAGAAAGGCUUCGGCUACAAGGACUGCACCUUCCAUCGGGUGAUUCCUGACUUCAUGUGCCAAGGUGGCGACUUCACUAACCACGACGGGACAGGCGGCAAGUCCAUCUAUGGCGAGAAGUUCGAGGAUGAGAAUUUCUCUCUGGAGCAUACCGGCGAAGGUGUCCUCUCCAUGGCGAAUGCAGGGCCUAACACCAACGGCUCGCAGUUCUUUCUCUGUACGACGAAAACCUCGCACCUGGACGGGAAGCAUGUCGUCUUCGGAAAGGUCGUCGAUGGAUACGACAUCGUGAAGAAAGUCGAAGGCGUCGGCUCUGGUAGCGGUUCGACCUCCAAGAAGGUGGUCAUCGCUGACUGCGGCGAGCUGCCCCUGAAAGAGUGGCCCAAGGUCGACAAGUGA